AUGCGUGCUCUGCGCUCCCCCGGCGGCGUCGCCGCUUGGGCCUCCUCCGACCCGGGGGCGGCGCUCGCCGCGCUGAAAGCCCUUGCCGAGGCCCAGGAACUGAGUAGCGGCAAAGCCGUCCACGGCCGCCUCCUCCGCGCGCGCGCCCUCGGCCUCGUCCACGGCAACGCUCUCAUCCAUCUCUACGCCAGUUGCGGUCGCACCUACCUUGCCCGCCGCGUGUUCGACGCAUUGUCCCUCAGGAACGUGGUCUCCUAUGGUGCCCUCAUGGCGGGGUACCUGCACGCGGGUCUCCCCGCCGCGGGGCUCGACCUGCUGCGGCAUAUGGACCUAGCCCCCGCGCGCCCCAACGAAUUUAUCUACGCCACGGCGCUCGCCUGCUGCAGCGACGCCGGCACGCUCCGCACCGGCGAGCAGUGCCACGGGCGGGUCCUCAAGGCCGGGCUGGGGACCUUCCCCUACGUGGGUAACUCCCUCCUCUGCAUGUACUUGACAUGCUCCGGCGUCGAAGACGCGGCCAGAGUCCUCUCCGCCGCAAGUCCCGAUGUGUACUCCUGCAACUCGAUGAUCAACGGGUACGUCGACCAAGGGCGGUUUGGCGACGCCAUGGCCGUUCUGGGUCUCAUCCUCGCGGAGGUCGACCAGUGGGACCACGUCACCUUCCUCGCUGCCCUCGGUCUCUGCGCCGGCCUGAAGGAUUUGAGGCUUGGUACGCAGAUCCAUGGCCAGGCCUUGAGGAGAGGAGUCGAGGGAAACAUCUUCGUGGGCAAUUCCGUCGUCGAUAUGCACGGGAAAUGCGGGGAGGUGGGGGCGGCGUGGCGGGCCUUCUGCGAAUUGCCGGAUAGGAAUGUAGUAUCGUGGAGCUCGAUCAUGGCGGCCUUCGCCCAGAACGGCCUCUUCGAAGAAGCUCUCAGGCUGUGGCCGGAGAUGGAGGAGGACGGAGUCCGCCCCAACGACUUCAGCUACGCCAUCGUGCUGGCCGCCUGCGGCGGUCUCUCCGUCCUCAGACACGGCGAAGCCCUGAGUGCCCACGCGGAGAAGACCGGUUUCAGAGGGCACUCCCUGGUGGAGAACGCCCUCAUCAACAUGUACGCCAGGGGAGGCAGCAUAUGGGACGCGCACAAGACGUUUGCUGGAAUGCGCCGCCGAGACACCGUCUCCUGGAACUCAAUGAUUUCCGGCUUCUCCCAGCAUGGCCUGGGUGGAGAGGCCCUGAGGGUCUUCCACUGGAUGUCCAUGGAGCGAGCCCCCACCACGGCGGUCACCUUCGUUGGAGUCCUCUCUGCCUGUGAUCGCCUGGGCCUGGUCGACGAUGGCUUCCGCUACCUGAACCAGAUGGCUGAUCAGAUGGGGAUCUCCCCCACUGUGGAGCACUACACCUGCAUAGUGGGGCUCCUCAGCAGGGCGGGCCGCCUGGAAGACGCUGAGAGCUUCAUGAAGACGACUGAGGCCGAGUGGGACGCCGUCGCGUGGAGGACUCUCCUCUGUGCCUGCCUCAUCCACAAGAAUCAUGGCCUGGGUAAGAGGAUCGCCAAGCAGAUCCUCCACCGCAACCCAAACGAUGUGGGAACCUACGUCCUGCUGUCCAACAUCUACGCCAGAUCGGGAAGUUGGGACGGCGUCUCCGAGAUCCGGAAGCUGAUGCGGGCAAGGGGGAUCAAGAAGGAGCCGGGGAGCAGCUGGAUCCAGGUGCGGAACCAGACGCACGUCUUCGUCUCCGGCGACAGGGAGCACCCGAGGGCGGAUGAGAUCUACACCAAGCUCAGGGAUCUGCUGGCUGCGAUAAGGCCGCUGGGGUAUGUGCCGGACCUCGACGGAGUUUUCCACGACGUCGAGGACGAGCAGAAGGAGGAGUGCCUCAGCUUUCACAGCGAGAAGCUCGCCGUUGCCUUUGGGAUCCUCACCAUGCCACCCACGGCGCCGAUCCACGUGAUGAAGAACCUCCGGAUCUGCGACGACUGCCACACAGCUCUCACACUCAUCUCACUUGCCGCAGCGAGGACGGUGGUGGUCCGCGACGCCAACCGCUUCCACUGCUUUGAGGACGGCCGGUGCUCCUGCGGCAGCUACUGGUGA